AGGCUUGGAUGUAGCUGCUCAGCCAUGGAAACCCAUUCCAUGAAGCAUUUAUAUGCACUGUUGCUGUGCUAAUCUGAAGGCCACACAAAGUUUGGAGGUCUUUAGCUAUUGACACUAUUGACAGUUGAUGACUUCUGCGCACUGUGCAGUUCAGCAUGCGCUGACCCCGCUCUGUUAUUUUACAUGGUCUACCACUUCAUGGCUGAAUUGCUGUUGUUCUCAGUUUCUUCCACUUUGUUAUAAUACCACGAACAGUUGGAAUAUUUAUCAGCAAGGAAAUUUCAUGGAUGGACUUAUUGCACAGGUGACAACCUAUCACGGAACCACACUUGAAUUCACUGAGCUCCUGAGAGGAACCAAUUCUUUCACAAAUGUUUGUAGAAGCAGUCUGCAU